AUGGCUUCCGAGUACAGCACCCGCGUCGUUGGCGCCGCCAACACCCUCGAGCACCGUGUCUUCAUCGAGAAGGACGGCAAGGUCAUCUCGCCCUUCCACGACCUCCCCCUCUACGCCGAUGAGUCGCAGACCAUCCUCAACAUGAUCGUUGAGGUUCCCCGCUGGACCAACGCCAAGAUGGAGAUCUCCAAGGAGGAGGCCUUCAACCCCAUCCUCCAGGACACCAAGAAGGGCAAGCUCCGUUACGUUCGUAACUGCUUCCCCCACCACGGCUACAUCUGGAACUACGGUGCCUUCCCCCAGACCUGGGAGGACCCCAACUCGAAGCACCCCGAGACCGGCUGCAACGGUGACAACGACCCCCUCGACGUCUGCGAGAUCGGCGAGGCUAUCGGCUACGUCGGCCAGAUCAAGCAGGUCAAGGUCCUCGGCAUCAUGGCCAUGAUUGACGACGGCGAGACCGACUGGAAGGUCCUUGUCAUCGACGUCAACGACCCCCUUGCCUCGAAGGUCAACGACAUUGAGGACGUUGAGCGCCACCUCCCCGGCCUUGUCCGUGCCACCAACGAGUGGUUCCGUAUCUACAAGAUCCCUGACGGUAAGCCUGAGAACGUGUUCGCCUUCUCUGGUGAGGCCAAGCCCAAGAAGUACGCCGUGGAGAUCCUUCACGAGUGCCACGAGGCCUGGAAGAAGCUCAUCGCUGGCGAGUCGCCCGCUGGUGACAUUGCCCUCAAGAACACCACCCUCACCGGCGCCAAGAACUUUGUUGCCGCCGCCGAGGCUGCUGCCCAGGUCCCCGCUGCCAACGUCCAGCCCGCUGCCCCCAUCGACCCCUCGAUCUCGAAGUCGUUCUUCAUCUCGUCGGCCACCGCCUAA